CUCCGGGAAUGCCGAGCUCCGGGGCUGCCGAGCUCCGGGAAUGCCGAGCUCCGGGACUACCGAGAUCCGGGAUUGCUGAGAUCCGGGGGCUGCUGAGCUCCGGGACUCCUGAGAUCCAGGGGCUACUGGGCUCCGGGACUGCUGAGAUCCGGGGGCUGCAACGUGGAACCAAACGCACCCACGGCACUGAACGGGGACCCCCAGCACUGAGCCCCGGCCCCCUGGCACCAGACUUGGACCCCUGGCGCCAGAUUUGGAGGCCUGGCACUGAGCCCUGGCCCCCUGGCACCAGACUUGGACCCCUGGAGCCAGACUUGGCACUCUGGAUCCUGGGCACCAACCCUGGCCACUCAGCACUGACCCCUGGCCCCCGCAGCAGCCUCAGACGCCCCAGCACCAGUCCCUGUGCCUCCACCAGUGCCCCCCAGCCUGGCACGUCCCGCACCGGCCUGGGCCACCCAGCACUGCCCCCUGGCCACCCGGCACAAGCCUUGGCACCCUGGCACCUGCCUCUGGGCACUGACCCCCAGCCCCACAGCCCCUGUCCCACACCCAACACUCCCCCAGGAUCCCCCGUUCUGUGCCCUCUGCCCUCUGUCCCCUCCCUUGGGGUCUCAGCCCCCUCUUUGGGGCCGGACCCCCCGACUGCCCGGCACAGAAAGCCCUGGGGUGCCUCAGGCUGCCCGGGGGGUCACCCCAGACUCCUGGGGGAUCUCCGAGGCUCAGCCCUGGUUCCCCCAGCUCCAGGGGAGGAUUUUGGAAGUGAUGGGAUUUUUUCCAUCUCUCCUGACAAGCCAAGAGGAUCCAGUGGGAAUUAAACACAAUGAACACAACUGCCAGAGGCACUCGUCCAGCCCAGUUAAUGCACGGGAUGGGACUGGGCGGUGAUGGGGGGGACGGGAAAUGGGGGUGUGUGCUCCUCGUGCCUCCAAAUUGGCAGAAGUAGUUCCUAAUGAAGCUCUGGAGCCUUCCAGGGGAGAGUGGGGGCAUUUAUACCCAGAGCCCACGAGGGCUGGGCGCGUGCAGUCACGGGUGUGACACGGGCACAGGAGUGGGGACAAUGGGGCUGCUCUGCCUGAGCCAAGCCCUGGAGGAGCUGGGGGCUCAUCCCCGCUAAACUGGGGGAUCGAUCAGUGGGGAAUGAGCCCACAUCGUCCCCAAAACUGGGGAUCCAUCAAACCCCUGCAGGGACUCUACACCCCCAGCCUGGCACCAUCAUUUGGGGCAGGCGAAACCUUCCCCCUUCCCAUCUGCCUGUCCCCUCGGGUCACCAUGGUCACCUGGUGUCCACGGCUCCACCUCUGUCCCCUCAGGCAGGACAGACAGAGCAGAGCCCGGGAUGUGCCCCUGAGCUGUGGCUCAGGGCAGGAGGGAGACGGGAACCUUUCCCUGCACCCCCCGGAUGACCCCAAAUCAAACCACAUCCCGCCAAUGGGGGUUUGCCCACAGCAGGCACACCUGGGGAAGGAAUGUCCGGGGUGUCCCCACCCCAUCACCCAGGUGGACACAAGGCUGGGGUGUCCCUAUCCCCCGAGGGGGGGGGGACAUGCCCAGAGCCCAGCCCCAAGGGGAGCCCCGUGCAGGCGGGUGACCCCAGGUCUUGUGGCACGGCCGCGUGAUGGCAUGAAAUCACCCACCCUGGGCAUGAAAUUGCCCCUCCCGGGCACGCCAGGCUGCUGAGGAUGGGACUGGGGACAUCCCCCCGGCAGUCCCCUCCCCUCCUCGGGCACAUAAACCCGGCGGCAGCGCCGCGCCCGCCCGGCUCCAGCACCGACCAUGGGCCACCUGCAGCUCUGGCUGCCCGUCCUGGCCGGGCUCGUGGGGAUCGUGGCCCAGGAAGACCUGUACCGAAAGGUGUUCGUGUUCCGGAAGGAUCCCAGCGACGCCUUCGUGGUGCUGCAGGCGCAGCUGGAGCAGCCCCUGCGCAACUUCACCGUGUGCCUGCGCUCCUACACCGACCUCACCCGGCCCCACAGCCUCUUCUCCUACGCCACCAAAGCCCAAGACAACGAGAUCCUGCUCUUCAAGCCCAAACCCGAGGAGUACCGCUUCUACGUGGGGGGAAAGUUUGUCACCUUCCGUGUCCCCGAGGGCCGCAGGGAGUGGGAGCACGUCUGUGCCAGCUGGGAAUCUGCCAGCGGCAUCGCCGAGUUCUGGCUCAACGGCAAGCCCUGGCCGAGGAAGGGGCUGCAGAGGGGCUACACGGUGGGGGCCACGGCUGCCAUCCUGCUGGGACAGGAGCAGGACAGCUUCGGUGGUGGCUUUGACCUCUACAACUCCUUCUCCGGGGAGCUGACCGACAUCUACCUGUGGGACACGGGGCUGUCGCCGGAUAAGAUGCGUGCAGCCUUCCUGUCCCUGCGCCUGCCGCCCGCGCUGCUGGCCUGGAACGGCCUCAGCUACGAGGUCAAGGGAGAUGUGGUGGUGAAACCCCGGCUCCGGGAGGUGCUGGGGGCCUGAGGGCUGUGGGGCAGGGGUGGCCUCG